GCGACUGACAACAAACGGACUGUUGCAACAGCAAACCGGAUAGAUAAACAACGGAGAGAUAAACAACGAAAGAUAAACAACGGACAGCCACAGAAACAGUGUCCACUUUAAAGGAUCCUUUGUUCCGCUGAGAGAAGCAGUGCGGGGAAAUGUCGAGCACUGUGAGUUCAGUUUUAUCGCAGGUGGGCUGGGACGAGCACUUCGCUGUCCCUGAACUCAACGCUGAAAACAAGGCUUUGAUAGAAGAGAUCCGUAAAAAUGAGACGAAGUUGCUGAAACUGACAAAUAAACUUGAGAGACACAAGGAUGAAAAGCAGUAUAAGGCUGAAUACCUCAAAAAUGCUAAACAAGCGCUGGAAAACACUGAGGCUCUGUGCAAGGCCCGGGAGAGAGAAGAAGAGUUGGAGAAACACCUCACAGCCCUCACAGAGAGGGAGACAGGUCGCCUGGCGCAGGAGACUACCAAGAUGGAGAACGACCAUAGAUCUUUAGCAGAGAGGACGAACAUGCUGGAGAACCAAAUCUUCAAGGCCAAACAGAAGUUAGAGGAGUUUAGGAACCAGAUGAACUGGGACCAGCAGGCUAUGGAUGCCUUUUUAGAGGAGUCGGCACGCAAAGACGAGGACACGAUGGCCAUCAUCAAGUACGCCCAGCAAGAUGAGCAGAGGAUCAAGUCGCUGAGUCUCGCUAUAGAGAAGAAGACACUGGAGGCCAGUGAAAAGCGCAAAGUGUUUGACAAAGAACUGACUGAGACUAUAUCUGCACAGAUUGCUUUUGAUAAAACUGCAGAGAAUUUGCAGCAGGUCCACGUGCAGACGCAGCACCUCAUCCACCAAUGGGAAAACACUAUCAAGCAGAUGAAGCAACGAGACGCUGAGAUGCAGCAGUGUGCGCUGCAACUUGCCCAAGCCAACCAGAACAUCAGGGAAAGGAAUGGCACCAUUACAGAGUGGAAGCACUUGCUGGACACUCAGAGGAACAACAACAAGGAAACUGAGAGGAAGAUAAGCAUAACCAACCGGCAGGCUGUAAAGCUGAGGGAAGAGUUGAAUGAGCAGGAGAAUAACUGCAGCAGGCUACAGGAUGAGCUGAACAGUUGCAAAGCUUCACGGGACAGAGCAGCGUCUGAUGUGGAGUCUGUGACGGCCCAAAUAUCCAGACUAAAGAAAAACAUCCAGGAUAACAAUAACAAAGUCAAGGAGGCCAGGGCCUACAACACUGCGCUGGAAGAGAAGCUGCAAGUUGUGACUCAGAGCACCCUGAGUGAGGAAGAGAAAGCUGCGCAGAUGGACCAGUUCCUCAAGGAUGAGGAACUGGCAAUCAAGGAGUUGGAUGUCCAGCUGCGUGACUGCAGGGAGGAGCUUUUUUGUCGUAAAGAGCGUUUGCAGGCCCUCAAGACAAAGGAGAAGGAUUCUAUCGCCCAGGUUUCGAGGAAUAAAGCCACAGUCAGCAACCUGAAAAGCAAUCUCAGAAAACUGGAGCAGGAAUUGAUGAGACAACAGAUGACCAUGAGUGAACAGGACAACCAGGUCAUCUACCUGGGUAAAAAGCUGGCACAGCUGCAAGGUGACAUUCACUCAGAUGAAAAAGAAAUGCUGGACAUGAAGAUCGCUGAGCUGACAAAAACCCUCGACGAGAAGGACAAGACAGCCAGAAUGUUUAACAGCACGCUCAAGGAGUGUGAGGAUGAUAUUCGCUAUUUGAGGAAAGAGAUGGCGAAGUCAGACUCUCAAAAGAGAGAUCUGACUGGCAAGGUAGACGAGCUCAUGCUCCUCUGUAACACCAAUGAAAAGGAGCUGAAGAGAAUCCGGCUCACAAAACAGGACAAGAUGGUGGGGCAUAACAUCAUGAAGAUGGAGGUGAAGCGUAUGAGCAAUCUGCUGUACAACAAGGCGGACAGCAUGCUCUCCUUGGAGAAGAGGAAGCUGGAGCUGCAGAAAGCCAUAAAGGAGAGGGAGGAUGAGAUCAAGGUCUACAGAGAAAUGCUCAACCAGCAGCUCAAGAUCAGUGAGCAGGACAGACAGAGACUCAGUGUUGAACUGAAUGAGAAACUGUCUAAGAUUGACGUGAUGAAGAAACGCUUCGAGGUUGUGAUGCUUACACUGGCAGCUCCUGAGGGAGAAGAGGAGAAAUCACAAGCUUACUACAUCACAAAGGCUGCACAAGACAAAGAGGAGCUCAAGCGGAAGGGAGACGAUCUGGAUGCUAAAAUCUGCAAGAUGGAGCUGGAAAACAGAGCUCUGGAUAACACCAUUCAGUUGUUCAACAAUAGUAACUCAGCAUUUUGCAAAUCCCUCAACAAAGUAAAUAAAUCCAGUCCAGAGUACCAGGAAAAACUAAAGCUAGAAGAGCAGUUGAAUGCAGCCGAGAAUACGCUAAAGUAUAAGAAAAGACAGGUCCAAGAGCUCCAACAGGACUUACAGGACAUGAACAGUACCUUGGAGAGUCUGCUGAAAGAAAAGCAGGUGGAGAAGAAUAAGAUAGAGCACAAAGAGGCUCUUAUCAGAAAGCUGAACAAAGAAAUCGCUUCCCAGCAAGAGAAAAUUAACAGAGCCACAAAGCAGUGCUCUAAGCUGACCAAAGAGAUCCGCUCAGCAAAUAACACCAAGACUGAGACUUUUGAGGAGAAGGACAUUAAACUGAAGGAGCUGAAAGAAUUCAACAAGAGUAUCGACAAGAUGCUGACUGGGGCCAUGGAGGACAAACCUGACCUCAGAUCAGUGUUGGAGAGAUACUUCCUGCAGGCCAAUCUGUCUCUUCCACCCCCGUCUUCCACUCCUACCAGCCAUCAGAGCUCCAGGACAAACUCUGCCCGCAGCUCCGCUACACUCAGGUCUCCUGCGUCCUCAGCCAGCAGCAGUCCCAGGGCCUCUGCACUUCACUCCCCCGUACUGAAGACUGUGGAACUGGGCAUGGAUCUGACUGUGACCUCCCCUCCUCUUACCACCUCCAGACGUUCCAGCUCUGCGAGCAGCAGCAGCAGCAGCAGAAAGUUAAAGAACCCGUAGUGUGCUGCACCUCUUUCUGAUGGCUGAUUUAUGGACACCUCUGCCAACAACAGAAAGAGGGUUAUAGUUACUUAAAGUUAGUUGUAGUUGCACAGAAUAACUGUUUCACAAUACUAAAAUGUUUUGUUUGUGUGUGGUG